CGGUGCGGAGUGCGUUACUUUAGUAAGCGAGUGUCGCGAGUUUAAGUUAGAUAUUUUCAGUGCGUUUUCGUAUUUUUAUUUCACGUUUAUUUCACUCAUUAGAUUUUUAUCAAAUUAUGCAAUUGUACUGUUAACUUACAACGCGAGUUUUGCAUAGAGACGUUAUUAUGACAAUAUUAUUUGGAUUACUGUGUUUAUGAUAAGGAUUUUUGAAAAAUCGGGAAUACCAAAGAAAAUGUGUGCCAAAAUGUUAUUUAGUUUUUCCUUGUUUUCUGUUCUGUCAUGGAUUGUGGUAGCUGAAGAGGAAGUAUCUUCUCCCCUGAGAGUAGCACAAUGUCGUGCAACGUGCUUGCAAAAGUUCGCGACGCCUCGACCCGGCGGGGAGUCGUCUUGUCUGCAAGGCCCUGAUUGUUUUAUGAAUCAACAAAGAAAUUUGUUGUUGCAGUGCUGGGAGAAUUGCGAACUUCUUCAAUCAAACUAUCAAGUCUGGGGUGCGGUAUGCGAUGAGAAAGACAUUUGUUUCCCUGGAUGUAAAGUUGCGUGUGAAUUUCACACGGAAGCUGCGAGGGCGUCACAAACACAACCCGUAAUUCACACGAAAGGCGAAGGUGUUAUGCGCGUAAGUGGUGCAGUUGCUCGUUGGCCACCGCCAACUCCAAGGGCUGCCGCCAGACCCGCUCCCCUGGUAUACGUCGUUAUGCGAAGAGCUGCAGAAGGUCCUUGGCGACAAAUAAUACAAACCCAAUCCUUGGCCACUCGUGUACCCUCAAACAAUGAAGGGGCUUUACUCCGUGUCCUAGUAGUCGAUCCCUUAGGCCUCGUGACAAUAUAUAGCCCCGACGAAACUUGGGUAGCACACGAUAGCAAUACAUCUAAUCACGACGAGCAUAAAUGGAUUCUGAAAGAAAUUUCGCUCAUUCAUCAAAAAGUUCUUGUCAUAGGUGAAAUCGCCUGGGAACCGAGGAUAGCUCGAGGUGUGUAUCUUGUAACGUGGGAGGUUGAUGGAGGUGGCUUAAAGGGAAAUCUAUUCACAGAUUCCACUAGAGUUACAUUAUCUCUGUGGCCAGAUACAAUUUAUCAUAUUCAAGUGGAACUUGUUUCUCGCACGCCGGGCGUUGAUAAUGAAAAAUCGGAGACGAUGACAAUAGAUACUAGUCGCGCCCAGCGUGUUUCAACGGAAAGUGUACAAGAUGUUGAAGUAAGUGAAGGUGACCGACUUAUGUCUGUUUUGGUUAGUUCAAUGAGAGGAGAACGCGUCCCAGAAAGAGCACCUGAUUCAGAACUUGUUCUAGGAUGUCUUUCCGCCAUGAUUGCGUUUGGAUUAGCUGUAACCGCAGCUGUAAUUUGGAGGCGAAGACGGCGUGGUACCUUUCCAGGAACCAAUGUUUAUGUAGGAUCCUCAUCUGUUCUAAAAAGAAAGCUCGUAGAGGACUUUACUCCCAAUGCGCAUUGUUUUCAACCUGUCCUUACCCCUCAAACUACCACCAACGUUCCCCCUUCGCGGGAUGUAGUAGUGUGACGUCACAGUUACGAAAUGUUAUCGGUAGAGGAUCGGGCAUUCAGUUCCUAAAGAGUGGACUUAUAGUGUGAAAUGAAGCGUAUAGUGUCAUAAAAAAAAGAUUUUUUCGAAUGUGAUAAAAAGUAGUUUGAACUUGAAUUGUGGUGGUGCGAAUAUCUGCGACUUUUAUUUUUUUGUGAUCUAUAUUAACUACUCUGUAACAUUAAAUCACUGUACCAGCAUGAGAACAUACUAUAUAAAUUUUGUAUGUAGUUUUAGACAAAUUGUAAAUUAAAAAUUGUACUUAUAAUUGUAUUUAUGGAAACACAGUAAGGACAACACCAGGAAUCUUAGUUGUAAAUAUUUAAGGCUAUACUACCUUUAUUAUUAAUCAUUCAAUUUGUGUAUUGUAAAUAUAGGUGCCUUCGCACCUUGUCUUUGUAUUGCAAAGUGCAAAAUCAAAGAUUGAAUAUUACGUGCUGUUUUCAUCCUUGUCUAUGAUUCGUAGAAAUAAUAUGCUAUAGGAAAUUAUUCUGCUAUAUAGGUACCAUGUAAAAAUUAACCGAAUCCAUCGUUCAACCCAAUUAUAUAAUUACUUUCCUAUUUCUAAAAUGUUUUUGGUAUACUAAUUAAUCUAAUAUCAAGUAAUUUCAUUCACAAUUCGUUAUAAUUCUUUAUAAUUUUUUGGGGUUAAGUAUUUCGAUUAACUUUACAUGUUUGACUCUUUUAACCUAGUCCUUAUGAUCAUUUAUUAGAUAUCCUAAGACCUCAAUACGUAGACCUAGGUCUUCUUCUUCAGCAAUAAUAAUACGUGUUUUGUAAAUAUGAGUGAUUUAUUGUAAAAACAGAGAAAUUAUAUUUUUCUUGGAGGCGACAUAAAUUUAUCUAAUGAUAUUUAGGUAUCAUUUAUUUAUCUGUAGGGAGACCUACACAGUUGUCGUGUAGUGUCAAUUAAAAUCUGAACAUAUGUGUAGUCCUAUGGUCGGUAAUAAAUUGUUAGUAGUCAUUCGUUUCAUUGAUGUUAGCUAUCGUACUUAAAAGUUAUUUUAGCGGUGAUAAGCCAAAACUACUUUUGUGUUGUUAACAAUUUUUGGUUCUUUGACCAAAUUCAUAUUAGCGAUAGUUAAAUUAAUUUAUUUUAAAUCUUCAUCCGAAUUUGUAAAUAGUGCUAAUUGAUGAAGCUAAACUUUAAUGAAUAAAUAUGU